UAAUUUCUUUUUACCACCCCUAGUGAGUGUAUAACAAACCAUUGCCAGUUAGCUGUUAAUAGCUUUCACUCAACGGUUAACAGCUUUCACUCAACUGGCAAUGGUUUCGUUAAAAUUCCCGGUUAGCAAGCGAUCCUGCUAAUCAGCUAGGGACACUUUUGGUUUCAGAAUCGAGACGACGACGUGCACUUUUCCACCGGCCACCACAACAACCACCACCAAUACUCAGGUAAUCUAUCAUUUAAUAAAGAUCCAAUUUAAUUGGCAAAUACCACACACACAUUUCGUGUUUCUUUUUUAUAUAUUAAUACACUUUAACUUUCCCGUUUUCUUUCAUAUUCUCAACGGUCGACGCAUCGUCCAAAAAUUGACCCGUCGAUCGUUCGAGAAAUAUUCAUGGUCCUUCGAGCCGGAUAAGAACAAAUAUAUUUUUACUCAGUUUUUUUGGCACUGUACACCAGCGGAAUAUCAAUACUCAGCAAGUUUCCUCAAAACACCAAUCCUCAGUUUUUUUGGCAUUGCACAAAUACAAACGAGGCGUUGCACACCAACGGACACAUAUCACCAAUUCUUGUUGCACUUCCAACCAACGCAGGCAAACCAGAAAGAUGACUCGCUAUGGAAGCUUAAAGAAGACCGCGGCGCUACAUCCGAACCGCUACCCGCUUUCAUGCACGCUGUGCAAGGGAAAGCACCCAUUGCGGCUCUGCUCGUCCUUCCGGGCCAAGACACCGGAGGAGCGCCUACGGGAGGCACUCAUCGGAAAGUACUGCAUAAAUUGCCUCGCGGUCAACCACCGGUCAGCGAACUGCCCCAGCGACGCACGGUGCCGGCGCUGCAACGAGAAGCACCACACGAUGCUCCACAUCGGCGAAAAUACCCGUCGCCGCCCCGCAGUGCCUCAAAUCCUAUCAUGGAGCGAACAAGUAAGUUCCGAUGAUGCCCUCUCCAUUGAUGCAUCAGACCCUGGAACGGAGACUAGGCCUCUCCAACCAGAACCGGAGGAGGGAGAACUCCUUGAAAUCGGAGCGGAAACACGGCCUUUCCGCCCAUCACAGCGAGGGGAAACGGAAACCCGGACUUUCCGCCCCCUUCUGCAACAUGAACGUCGCGGACACAAACGCCGUCUGCGCCGUCGCCAAGCGCACAACCCGGCCAGACUGGAGACCAGGUCUCUCCAGCUGCACCGGGCUAGCUCCUUCAGAGCCGGGCUAACCAAUCGAGCCGGCAGAGUGGCUCAUUCCUUGCUGCCAACGACAGCCAUCUUACCGACGGCGGUAGUGAAGAUCGAGGCAGGAGGACGCCUCCACUUAAUCAGGGCGCUGAUAGACGCAUGCGCCCCUACGUCGCUAAUUGCGCGCGACCUAGCAGUCGAAUUGAAAUUGGAGCAGACGCAUAUCGGCGGUCAACGCGGCUGCCUUGUAGUACUGCGCGGCAGACACGGGACAAAUACCCGCAUCUCAACCCACGUGAGGACAAUAAACGGCUAUAUGCGCAUCAGCCCGACCACCACAUUGGACUCCGACCUAGCAGCCCCAUACUCACACAUCAAGCUGGCGGAUCCAAACUUCUAUAAGUCAUCGCCGAUACGCUUGGUGCUCGGCGCGGAUGUGUAUUCCCGCAUCAUGACCCAACAGGUCAUGCCACACACAUUUGGGCAGUUCCUCGCUCAGGGCUCCAUCUUCGGCUGGGUGCUCUCGGGUACGGCCCGGUACUAGAUUAAGAUAUUUUAGUAUUUUAUUUUGUUUUUUUUUUUUUUUAACUUAUUCUAUUGUUUUUUCUUGAAUUCUUACAUAGAAUAUGUAUUGUUCUUUUUUGUUUAAAAAAAAAAAAAAAAAAAAUAUAUAUAUAAUUAUAAUAAUGAAUAAACUAUUUUCUAUCUGUACUCAUAUUGUACCAUAAAUUUGUACAUCGUUGUGGUGGUCGAUGGACAUUUAAUUUUUUUUUUGUUGCUCACCGCAAGGGGGCCGGUAUGUUUAGGCCAGCGCCUAAUUUCUUUUUACCACCCCUAGUGAGUGUAUAACAAACCAUUGCCAGUUAGCUGUUAAUAGCUUUCACUCAACGGUUAACAGCUUUCACUCAACUGGCAAUGGUUUCGUUAAAAUUCCCGGUUAGCAAGCGAUCCUGCUAAUCAGCUAGGGACACUUUUGGUUUCAGAAUCGAGACGACGACGUGCACUUUUCCACCGGCCACCACAACAACCACCACCAAUACUCAGGUAAUCUAUCAUUUAAUAAAGAUCCAAUUUAAUUGGCA